AGGACAUGGAUCACAACUACUACACAUCAAAAACUUACGGACCGUCAGAUCCUAUGAGCAAAGACUUGUGGGUAAAUAUUGACCAGAUGGAAAAGGACAAAGUGAAGAUCCAUGGGAUUCUGUCUAACACACACAGACAGGCGGCGAGAGUUAAUCUGUCCUUCGAUUUCCCGUUUUAUGGACAUCUCCUGCGUGAAAUCACUGUAGCAACUGGUGGUUUUAUUUAUACCGGAGACGUUGUCCAUCGGAUGCUCACAGCGACACAGUACAUCGCUCCUCUGAUGGCCAACUUUGACCCAAGUGUCUCCAGAAACUCUACUGUUAUCUAUUUUGACAAUGGUAAGUGUUUUGUUUUUUUGUUUAAUCUUUUUUUAUAAUGAUCCCAAUGAGUUUUC